UUUUAGCUGACCGCUCAUUCUUGUUGCAAAUGAAUGAAUGGCUGUGAGAAAACCACAGCGCCAGUGAGAAUACAAUAGAGAAUACUCACUACCCACCUCAGAGAUCCACUCAAUUUUGACAAAGCAAAACCCAAUUUUGCUACUUUCUUUCGUGCUCUUCAACCUUUAAGGUAAGAACCCAUCAACCCCAUCUUCAUUAAAGUUUGUUAUCUCUGAACGAAGCAUGUUUCUACUUUUUGUAAGCUAGAAAGUUUACAAGAAACAAAGUUUUGUCAUGAGAGGAAAUGCUAUGCCUUGUUAAUUUUUAGUAGGAUUUUCAGUUCUGGGUUUUAGUCUUGACUGAUAACUUGUAUAGAAAAUGCAAUUUUUAACUACUUUGCCAUUGAAGGGUGACUUUUGGGUGGUAUCUCAAUUGGGUUUUGAACUUGGUUCUUGUAGAACUGAAACUAGAAGGAGAAGGAAAAAGUUAAGGGGUCUUGAUGUUCAUGUUUGUCAUAGUAGAAGUGCUGGUCUCUUUUUACUUUCAAAUAAUUCAAGAGUUGUUCAGCGUGGAGGUCGCUGUGGGAGCUCCAAAUUUGAUUUGGGAUUUGGGUACUCUAAGCUUAAAGUUGCUCUCUUUUGUAUGCCAAUGACAAGCUCUUUUGGUGCCUUGGUUGCAUUGGCAUGUGCAUUGGAGCAACAAGCAAUAGGAAAUGAAUUUUUAAUAGAAGGAUUGGAUUUGGCUAAUGGGGUGUCGGGGGAAAUUGAGAGAAAGGAUGGUGAUCAUAAUAAAUUAGGUGAAGUAAAUGAUGGGGAUAAUAAAAGAGAAGAUGAUGAUGCUGAAAGUGGGGAAGGAGAUGGGGAAGAGAAGAGUACAAAAGUUGAUGUUCGUUCACUAGCACAGAGCUUAUGGUUUGCAAGAACUGUAGAUGAUGUGGAGGAGGUUCUUAAGGACAUGGGUGACUUGCCCUCUCAAGUAUACUCAUCCAUGAUUAGAGGUUUUGGUAGAGACAAGAGAAUGAGUUCUGCGAUUGCUGUUGUUGAGUGGCUGAAGAAAAAGAAGCAUGAAACUAAUGGUUUGAUUGGUCCAAAUCUUUUCAUAUAUAAUAGUCUGUUGGGUGCAGUAAAACAAUCUGAAGAAUAUGGAGAAAUGGAGAAAGUCUUGGAUGAUAUGACUCAGGAAGGGGUCUUACCUAAUGUUGUAACCUACAACACUUUUAUGGCAAUUUACUUGGACCAAGGUCGAACUACUGAGGCUCUUAAUAUUCUUGAAGAGAUACAGAAGAAGGGCUGGAGGCCUUCUCCAGUUUCCUAUUCUACAGCAUUGUUGACUUAUCGAAGAAUGGAAGAUGGGAAUGGAGCUUUAAGGUUCUUUAUUGAGUUCAGGGAAAACUAUCAUCAAGGUGACAUAAGGAAAGAUGCUAAUGAAGAUUGGGAAAAUGAAUUUGUUAAGCUUGAGAAUUUAACACUACGUGUUUGCUACCAAGUGAUGCGGCGGUGGCUUGUGAAUGGUAAUAAUUUGAGCACAAAUGUGUUGAAACUUCUCAAUGACAUGGAUAAUGCUGGCCUUCCACUUGGUCGAGCAGAACAAGAGCGGCUUUUGUGGGCUUGUACCCGUGAAGAGCAUUACAUUGUGGCAAAGGAACUGUAUACUAAAAUUAGAGAAAGGCACUCUCAAAUUAGCUUAUCAGUCUGUAACCAUGUCAUUUGGCUGAUGGGGAAGGCUAAGAAGUGGUGGGCAGCUUUGGAGAUAUAUGAGGAUUUAUUGGACAAGGGGCCAAGACCAAAUAACAUGUCACAGGAGCUGAUAAUUUCUCACUUUAAUGUUCUUCUCACUGCAGCUAAGAAAAGGGGAAUUUGGAGAUGGGGUGUUAGGUUGCUUAACAAGAUGGAAGAAAAAGGCCUUAAACCUGGAAGUAGGGAAUGGAAUGCAGUUCUUAUUGCCUGUUCCAAGGCUUCAGAAACUUCUGCUGCGGUGGAAAUAUUUAAGAGGAUGGUUGAACAAGGUGAAAAACCUACAAUAAUCUCCUAUGGAGCCUUGCUUAGUGCACUGGAGAAGAAUAAAUUAUAUGAUGAGGCUCGCCGGGUUUGGGACCAUAUGAUCAGGGUAGGUCUUGAACCAAACUUGUAUGCCUACACAAUUAUGGCUUCAGUUCUCACUGGACAAGGAAAGUUAAACUUGGUUGAUGCCAUCAUUAAGGAAAUGGUUUCAACAGGUAAUGAGCCAACAGUUGUGACAUACAAUGCAAUAAUUAGUGCUUGUGCACGCAACGGAAUGAGUGGUGCAGCAUAUGAAUGGUUUCAUCGCAUGAAAUUUCAGAGCAUCACCCCAAAUGAGAUUACUUAUGAAAUGCUGAUUGAGGCUCUUGCAAAGGAUGGUAAACCAAGGCUUGCGUACGAGUUAUAUCUGAGGGCUCAGAAUGAAGGCCUUAACCUCUCUUCAAAGGCUUAUGAUGCAGUUCUGCAAUCCUCUCAGGUUUAUGAAGCAAAUGUUGAUACAAGAGUUUUAGGGCCUCGGCCUCCGGAUAAAACCAAAUGACCACAAAUUACAAAAACUUUGACAGAAUCUUGUAACUUGGCAGAUGUUCCCAGCAGAAGUAAACUAUUUGACACAAAGGAAAUUUACAUUUCACAAACAGAAGGAAACCCAUAAGUGAUUUGUUAAUAAAAACUCCAUAUGAUAAGCUUUCUUUUUUUA